UAAGUUUGAUGUUCGUCUGUCGAUAAUUUUGACAUUUGAUGUGGCAACACUGUAACGUAAAGUUAACGUCGAUCCACUUCAUUUGUUAGAAAAAUAUAAUUAAAAUAAAAUGUCGUCGAUGUCCAGAAGUCAAAUUAAUUUAGCCAGAAAGAAAUUAAGCGACGCACUCGGCGACGAUUUUAAAAUAUAUUUACAGAACAUGAAGUUAUGGUUUCGUCAGAAAAUUACAAAAGAGAAUUUUGAUGUUGAAGCUCGAAAAUUGCUAAAUCCAGACAUAGUUCAUUUACAUAAUGAAUUCCUACUAGCAGUACUGAAUAAAUGUCACUGUCUUUGUCAGAGUCAUGCAGUUAAGGAUUCAUCUAGUCAUUUUCAAAAUAAAGACAAGCAGAAAAAAGGAAAAUUGAAGAGAAAAUGUCGUCCUAUGAGAGCUACAUUUGAGCACAGAUUUCAACCUGUAAGUUUUGUACAGUAUGCUCCACAUGCUGUAGCCAAAGAUCCUCAAGAAGACAAUAGAUUAUCUUUCUGUUCCCGAGAUUAUACUCUACCUGAUAUAUCCAUGAUCCAUGGAAGAAUGUUUGUUACUGCAUGGGAUUGUGGUCUGGAUGGAGUGGAUGAUAAUUCUGCUCAUUUAAUGAUGUUGGCUGUUCAGCAACAAUUAAAGACAAUUCUCAUGGCUGUUUUUAGUCGUAGAAAUGCAUAUAAAGUCAGAGAAGGAAAAUUUCAGUAUGCAAUGGGCACACCACCCAUUAAUCCAUACAUCAGAAAUGCAAAUAAAAUCUUGGAUCGAACAGAUAACAGCAAUCAGACGUCUAUUUCUGCACUUGGGGAACAUGUUCCAAGCAUCAAGCCAACAAUUGAUCAAUGUGAAAGCGAAAUAGCUCUACAAAUAGCUAGUAGCGGUCGAACUCAACAUCUUCCACCUGUUUCACCAUUUGAUUUACUUGAAGCUCUGAUGAUUCACAAGAGCUGUAUCUCGUCACACACAGUAUAUGCCAUCAAUAUAGAAAGAAUAAUCACAAGAUUAUGGCAUCCUAGUCACGACGAUAUCGAGCAAGAAAAUAUUCAUUCUCAAGAGGAACGAUUACGCAGACAGCUCCUUACAGAACAAACCAUUACGGGAUAAAUUAUGAGAAUAUUUUAAUUAAUUUGUACAUUUUUAAACAAUAGCAUUUAUAAUAUAAACAAAUUAAAAAUGAAAUUUUUUAAGUUAUGCCAUCAAAAUUUUAUUGAUAAUAAAUACACUUCA